GCGUGUUUUACCCUCGGGUGCCACUUGUAAUUUCUGCAGCUUGCCAAUCGGCAGCAUCGCAGCCAUGCACCCUGCACUGACGCUCGUGAAUGCCGGGGCGUUGAUUUCAUGGUCGUCGCUUCUGGUACAUGCGCUGCACCCCGUGCUUGGAGGAGUUGGGCUGAAAGAUGAGAAGGCCUGGUGCAUCUUCAUGGCGCUGCAAGCCCUCAUGGCCUUGGAAGUUGGGGUCAUCACCUUUCAACGGAAGAUCAGCAUUGGCAGCCUUGUGCAAACGACGCUGGGCAUCACGAUUUGCUUGUUCCGCGUGACCACUGUGGUCUUCGCCUUGCCCCUGCUAGAGAAUGACUUGUUGCACAAGGCUCUGCUGGCUGGCUGGGCCUUCUCUGACUCUGUGCGCUACAUGGCGCUGCUGGGUAAACAGGUAGCUGCGCUGCAGGUGGCGAGACGCCUUAUAUCCUCGGUGAUGUUUGCCCUGGUGGCGAGCUGCGAGAUUUGGGCUGUUUGGAGCGUGCUGUGGAAGACCUCCGGUGGCACACAGCACUACCUCAAGGCACAGCUUCUGGUGACGCUGAUCGGUCUCCCUAUAGGCACCUACCUCUUCCUCCGGGCGGCCCGAAAGACCAACAAAGACAAGUGACUUGUGGGGAAAACGGCCUGUGAGUGAUGUCAGGCUGCCGAGCAUUGAAAAGGCCCGGCUUGUGGACACUGCAG